AUGGAUGUCGACGUCGAGAACGAGGAUACCCCGCGCACAGACAUAAAAAGAGACGAUCCUCACGAUCUCGUGCUCUUACAAAACUGCGAUUUACACGUGAUUCGGUUACAAAAUCAACUCGAGGACUUAUCCAACCCUUCGUUUGUGGCACGCAUCGACGACGAGAUGAUUCUGAAAUCCAUGCGCGAAGAGACGACGCGUUCGAUGGAGAAAUUCAAGAAAAUACGCGCUAAAAUUACGUGUGCAUCAUCGAAUGAUGAUGAUGAGAAUCGAAGUCGUCGCGUUUUGAACGUUUCGGAGUGGUCGUCCGAUGAAGUUAAACUUCAGUUUACUCGAGACCGAAUUCGACGAGCGUUUAAGACGGACGAAAUUUACCUGUUAUUUUUUGAGAAGGACAGAAAUGGGUUGCGAGACCGGUUGGACACCAUCGAACGCGAAUCGAGACUAAUGAACGACAACAACAACAAAAACAGAGGAAACAAGGGUAAACAAGGUGGUGGAGAAGGAGGAGGAGCAGGAGCGCGGGAAAAAUUGGAAGGGGAAAAGAUUGAGAUUCUCGUCGCGCUGAAAAAUUUAGGCGAGAGGUUAACGGAAGUGGAGAAGUUGUACUUGCGGGAAGGGCUGGAGAGAGGCGCGAUGGAAGAUUUGGAGAUGUUGGACGGAGUCGUUUGA